AUGGCUCGAGCGCAUGGCCAUCCGAUUCUGGCUCAGUUACGAAACGCUAGGAGCUUGCCUGAGCAAACCGCCGCUCUACGAGCUCUCAAGAACGAAGUUGUCGGCCACGUACAGAGAAAAGAACAAUGGGUUGGCUUGGGUGUGCUUGAUCCGAUUGUCGGGGCAUUGACCUCGUCCAGGUCUCCGGUCAAGCCAAAUGGAAAAGACUCUCGAGUUCUUCUAACACAAAGGCCACUAACAGACGAGGAGAGUGUAAGGCUACAAGCACUGCAAUUAGUGGCUAGCUUUGCGAACGGAGGCCCUGCUUUUCUGGCGCCCCUCCAUGCUGCGCAUGCGAUCCCGGCCCUCAUGGCCAACGUAUCACCCUUCACCAACGCACCACAACUCGUCGUUGCAGCCCUCAAGGCAUUGACAGACAUUGCAGAUGCUUGUGCCCUGGCGGCAUCAUCUUCCCCAAUCGAUACCGAAUCGCUGGCCAACAAUGUAUUCUCCGCCCAAUACCUCGAUCCUUUCGGGGCGAUGUUGUCUAUCACGUCUACGAAUACCCUCCUACAGUCUCAGGUCUCCCUUACGGCGGGCUUGAUAUCUCGACUCUGCAAUGAAGAGCGCCAUCAACAAGCCUUGGCAACUUCCGGGAUCUUGGAUGUGCUGGCCACACGUCUGGCCAGCGUUGCUGUUCUUCGUGGGGAGGUUGUCCCCGGAGCCGAUGUCUCAGCACGAAACGACGGUAUUUUCGAGGCUUUCCCCGACCCUGCUCCCAGAACAUUAAGAUUGGGAUUGAUCCUGGAGGCUAUCAGCGCUAUUUUGGGGGAUUCAAAGUACCGCGCUAACAGACUUGCGAACUCGCCAUCUAUCCUUGCUGUUUUCCCACCGAUCAAAUUUGAGUCUUUCAGAGCCUCGGAUGCUGAACAAGCAGGGCUCAGUAUUGCCCGGCAGCAACCUUUCACGGCGAUGGAGUAUAUGCUUCCUAUGAACCUACCUCGAAAUCCAUCUACAUCCCCCUAUGGCUCGCUGUCACUAGGUGGCUCAGAUUCACAGUCAUCUAGUCGAUCGUCUCUGACCAAGUUUGGUUCGUCUGCGAUAUGGGAUUCUCCCCGCUUCCUUGCUAACCGCGCGGGUGGUGAGGAUGCAGAAGAGAUCGAGAGUCCGUUUACCCCUUGGCUGGUCCGUCUAAUCAGGCGUUCAGAUGGACUAGAGCGUCUUUUUGCCUCCUCUGUCCUUUCUGCACUAAUCAAAGGCGGCGUGGCUAGUAAAGGCUUGAGGGAAACUUGUCUCGGACUUCUUGUGGUUCCCCUUCUUGUUGCGAUGAUAGCCCAGAACGACCAAGAUGUUUCAGAUGUGAACGAUAUUGAAAAUGUCAUCAAACGGACCGUUCUAGAGCAUGCGCCGGUGGUUCUUGCUCGUAUGAUUACAGACAGCGAGUAUCUUCAAAAGGCGGCCUAUGAGUGCGAAGCCGUGCCUGUCUUGAGUAAACUUCUCAAACACGCUUAUACACCUGCUAAGGACAAUGGGCAGCCCCGCUAUUGGUCACCACAUGCGGACGUCGAUAUGGAGGUUGGGGGUAGUUCCCCGGUGGCGCAACUUGGCCAGGAGGGUCAGAAUGAACUUUUGAUUCACCGACUUAAGCUACGUGAAAGCACAUUGAAGGCCAUUGCAGCUCUUGCAGGAGGUAAGGAAGACUACAGAAAGGCAUUUGUGGCUGAUGAUUUGGUUUCGUAUGUUGUUGAGUCUCUUUCGGAAUACCCCAGAAAACCACAGACGGCAAAGGAGCGGACUUCAGAGAAGUCAAGCGCCGAUUCUACCAAAAAGGGAGAGACUGCGGGAUAUGGUACCAAUCCUUCGGGUGUAAUCGUUGCUGGAUGUCAUGUUGUUCGAAUGCUAUCUCGUUCGGUUAGCAUAUUGCGAACAUCCCUUGUCGACCAUGGGGUUGCCCUUCCUAUCUUCCGGUUUAUGAGGCAUCCAGAUGUCGACGUUCAAAUUGCUGCUACUGCGGCCAUCUGCAAUCUGGUCCUGGAGGUCAGCCCAAUGCGAGAGCUUCUUGCCGAACAGGGAGUUGUGACUGUCCUUUGCAAGCAUGCGCAGUCACAAAAUCCGGCUCUGCGUCAAAACGGGCUCUGGGCACUCAAACACUUCGUAGAUGCUGUUGAACCCACCAUAAAGAAAGCAUGUCUUGCAGAGCUUGGGUCACAAUGGUUGCUGCAGCUCAUUUGCGAUGACAUGGAGGACUCGGCCCUGUUGCAGACGAGAGAACGGGAUGCUUCGAGUUUCGAUAUGGACGACGAUGUAGACAUGCAACAGUCAGAUGAGCCUCAUCGAUGGGUAUACGGCUCGAACGGAAUGGUUCGAGAACUAAACGCGGCCAGCUCCUCAAGGCUACGUCAAGUGGAAGACAAGCUCACAGCAGUGCGAGAAUCCGAGCUAAAUCCGGUCCGGAGGGCACGGAACGACGAUUUGGCGAUUCAAGAACAAGGCCUGGACAUGAUUCGAAACUUGAUUGGAAGGCCAAGAAGCGGACUCACACCAGAGACGAACAACGAAACGGCCGAGAUGAUCGACUUCUUGCUGCACGAAUUCGGAGCCGAACGGCUAUUUGACAUUUUAUCCUCAAAAUUGCGGGCCAAGGUGCUGCGACCUUUCUCACGUCGAGCUUCGGUGAUGGGUCAAGAGACAAGGCUUAUCCACCCGCAGGCCAAGAUCAUAGUAGCUGUGAUAUACAUCCUAGCGCAUAUCGCGGCGAGCAUCCCACGGCAUCAGCAGAUGAUUAUAGCUCAAACAGAUCUAUUGAAGCUUCUGGCGCAGCAGGCCAGCAGCAAGGACCGCGAGGUACGAGUAGCAUUGUGUCACUUUGUUACCAAUCUCACAUACAAAGACGACGACGGGGAGGCACAAGCUUGCGCUUUGAGGGCGCAUGAAUUACGAAAGCUUGGGUUCUUUUCGAAAAUGGAGGCUCUCACAAAGCAAGAUGGAGACCUGGACGUGCGUGAGCGGGCCAAAACGGCAGCGUACCAGAUAGAGCAGGCUGGUUAUUGA